CUGGACGCCUAUCGCUCACAGCUCCAACUGCUCGCCUCACUGAGAGCCACCAGCAUUGGAAAGUGCUUCAGACAUGAAAAUACACAUGCGAUGCCUAGUCCCAGACCAUGCUCUGCUUUACAACGGCGAAGAGGCUUCACAGCACACACGCCCAUAUGCUGGAACAGUAAUCAUUAAUAAAUGCCCAUAAAUUUCCACAACCCACAUGUUCUGACCCGCCAUUUCCCAACCUCACACUUCUCCCACCAACCAAUUAUUGACAGAUGGCGCGGACCCCUCGCCUCAAUGAUUCAAAUUUGGCGGAAGAUUAACGGAUAAACUGCUGUUUAUACACGUCCCUCGCUGCUUGUAAUUGUCAGUUGUUGAACAAAUAUGUGCAAGACAAGAAACCACCAAGGGUGAUUUAAAGGCUGAACUCCCCCGAAGGGACCCAUCUGCAGAUCCAGCUCAUUUAAUUUCUUAGUCAUGUUUAAGGAAGGUAGGAAAUCUGUGAGACUCCUGCCGCAGACCCUUUGGUCUUUCCCAAACAAGUCGGCCUUCUUUGGAUUUUUCUGCGGUCGACGUAUUCCUUUUCUUGCUGCUGGAGGAGACCCUGGACGCCAUGGUUACCGAAGAGGAUGGUGAGAUGCCUAACGGAUGGCCACUUGGGCUAGGAAUUAUGAACACAAGACUUCGAGUGGCAGAGGGUUUACGAGCCACAGCAGCAGAAUCACAUUCUUUGCACUUGCCCUCUACUAGUUUCUCUUCAUUCUCAUCCUCAAACCUUGACACUGAGUCCACAGCUUCUUUCUUCCAAGACCAUAGCGUGUCACUGGGCCGACUAAUUGGAAUUAGACCAGUGGAUGGAGGAAGCAAGUACUUCCCGAGUUCGAUUGAAGAACAUAAAAGGAUAUCUGUAACAGAUGCACAUUCAGAUGUAUCUGGAGGACACAGUGUGGAUGUUUCUCAGGGAAUUUGCAUUCCAUUGUUACUUGGCAUUCUAGUAAAGAUGACCCGAAGUAAAAGCAGUUCAAAGAGAUGAAUUCUUUUUGGGGAGGUCGAUUCUGAAACUGUGGCCUGUGGGAAACAAACUCUUCAUCAUGAUCUGUAUGAGUUCUUUCCUUUUUUUUUAUCCCUUCUUUCUUUCUUUCUUAAUAAUUUCAGAUGAUUGAUUCAUGCUCUUUACUUUAAAGCUUCUGUAUUCAGACUAUAAUUCCAAAUUUAAACAGCAAGUCCAAAUUCUAUAUU